UGUCAUAAACAUGUCAUCGAACUCGAACGAAACGAAAUACGUGAAUUUUAUUUAAUUUCAUCAUCCCAACAAUAAUAUACCAUAUGUACAAUUUCUCCGCAAGUUAAAAGGAAGUUAUUAAAGACUUAUUAAGAAUGCUUGAAAUAGAAUUCGCGUAGUUAACAAAUAAGAAAUAGUGCGAAGUUAAAAUGUCUAAAAUAAAGAAAUUAUCAGGCUCUUUCCGCUAUACGCAAUGGGAUCCGUGUCUGAUCGUGUCUCAAAUAGUGGCAAUGCAGUUCCUACUCUACCUUACGUUGUGCCUUUUGGUCGCAGUGAUGCAAGAUUUGACGGGAUCCACACGGACGUUGGAUCACAUAUUUCAAUACCAUGAGAUUCAUGUAAGAGAUGCAGAGGGCCGCUCAGUGAUAAUUGCCUUUGGUUUUAAUGCAGUAAUUGGUGCAUUUUUACUAUGGAAUGUUGUUGGAAGAACAAAGCUGUGCCUUGACUUUAGUUGCACAUUCCACGGCUUACAUUUAAUAGCCUGUUGGAUAUACAAUGGAACAUUUCCGACUACAUUUUCAUGGUGGAGUUUGAACAUAGCGUGUGCUGCCGUCACCUGUGUUAUGGGAGAAUUCCUAUGUAUAAGGUCGGAAUUACAAGCGAUACCUCUUACAGGUAUGGGAUCUAAGGUAGAUUUAUGAAAAUCGGCUAUUUUAGUAAGUGUGUUAUCUUUUGUGACAUUGGAUACUACAAGUUGCUGAACUGAUUUUGUAGGGAAGUGUAAAAAAUUGUUCAAAACAAUCACUGCGGUUUAGCGAGUUUAAUUUUUAUCUAUAUGGCAUUGAAAGUGUUAACCUUUGCAGUGUGAUAAUCUUGACUUCAAUUGUUGGAAACUUAUUUGGAUUACACUUGUGGCCAAAGUUAAUGAUCCACUAGUAUAUGCCCUGAUUUUAUUGCAUUAAAAAACACUAAUAUACGAAAAUUGUCACUCCAUAAGGAUCUAUAACAUUUACAAGUAUAGCACAGGGUUAAAUUGGCUUAGUUAAAAUGCUCCAAACUGCAAUAUACUAAGUGAUAGAUUUGGCUUGAAAAUGUUUUUGCUAAUUUUCUUUUUUAAAGUGCUAUUUCAGGAAAAUUGUUAUAGUUGUAACUUAGGACCAAAGGUGGUUAUAACUUUAAGUGUAAGCAAAAUUGUUAAAAUAAUUAUUGCUAGAUGAAAAAAUACAAUAUUAAAAAAUCACACCAAAUUAUUUUGCUAAUAAGUGUGCAAAUUAAGAGUAAAGCCCUGAAUUAAAAUUAAUAAUGAUUUAAAUAAAUUAUUCUGAUGUUAUUCUAUUCCAUUUCUUGUUUAUUGCUCUCCCACAGCGGAUUGGGCCAGUGUCAAGUGUUUGUGGUUUUAUUCUAAUUUGGGAGAAACUAAACUUAUGUUAAAUUAAAA